AUGUAUCAGAAUUCGGUUUAUGAUAAUGAUACUCUAAUUACCCAAAGUACUUCUUCAAACGUAGCAGCAAUACUGAGCGUUCUAGAACAACUCAAUUUCAACUUCACAGCCUCAAAACCCCCUGGAGCAGUCCCGCCUGGGCACGCGAACCCAAUUUACAGGGGAGCGGACCGAAUUGGAGCUAUGUCGUGGCCGCACUUUGGAAGGUCUGGCAGUCCGUCGGCAUCUUUAUUGCCCAUGGCCAACCUUCCAUCUGGAAAUGAUAGAUUGCCAAUUUCUGAACCAUCUUCGAGACCAAGAUCAAGAGACAGGGCCGACUCAAAGAGCAGACAUACUCGAUCCUCCUCAGCGGUGGCCAAAGUUAGUGAACGCCCAAUCUCAGCUGAACCAGAGAGGACUCCGACUAAUACGACUAAUGCGCAACAGUCAAUAGCAGAUGAAUUCUCAGCCCUUACGCCUAUGGAGACGGCAGAACGAUUGCAAACCUCACUUACAUCAGGCCUGACACCGGCCGAAGCUCUUUCUAGAUUACACGAUCAAGGACCUAACGAACUUCCUCUCGAUCCUCCCGAACCGUUAUGGCUUCGAUUUAUCAAGCAAUUCAAGGAAACUCUGAUUCUUCUGUUGUUGGGUUCCGCUGUAAUGUCAGUGAUAGCUGGAAACAAAGAUGAUGCAAUCAGUAUAGCCGUUGCAGUUACAAUUGUGGUCACAGUAGGAUUUGUUCAAGAAUAUCGCUCUGAAAAGUCGAUCGAGGCACUGAACCACUUAGUCCCCAAUCAUGCACAUAUAAUACGAGGAGAAAUGAGAUCUGCCACACCUAGAACACCCGCAUGGCCUCCUAGCGCCCGAAAAAUACCAGAGAUGGAUUCAUUAAUGGCAGAUUCUGGAUUCGACGCAGAUUCCAGUAUUGCAGAAAUUGUAUCGCAUAAAACCAUGGCAUCGAAAUUGGUUCCUGGAGAUCUUGUUUUAUUUACCACUGGAGAUCGCAUACCAGCCGAUAUUCGUGUCACAAAGGCUUCAGAUUUGACAAUUGAUGAGUCUAAUUUGACUGGCGAAAAUGAGCCGGUCCGUAUUACUGCGGAAGCUAGGCAUAUGGAGUUUAGACCUGGAUCUAGCUCACUAGAACCACCGUCCCUCAAUUUUCCGUCUCCAGCAGGAGGAAAUGUAGGUGCUGAUAUUAGCCUGAAUAGCACGACCAAUAUCGCUUUCAUGGGAACACUUGUGAGAUCUGGCCAUGGCCAAGGUAUCGUUUAUGCGACAGGUGGAGAUACUCAUUUUGGGACAAUUGCUGCAAGCGUAUCAGAGACGGAAAGCCCUAGAACCCCUCUACAGCUUUCAAUGGAUGCUCUAGGCAAUCAAUUGAGUCAGGCUUCUUUCGUUAUAAUUGCGGUAAUUUCUCUAGUUGGAUGGUUACAAGGAAAAGCAUGGUUGGAUAUAUUUACGAUUUCGAUAUCCUUGGCUGUGGCAGCUAUUCCUGAGGGUUUGCCAAUCAUUGUUACAGUCACUCUGGCUCUCGGCGUACAUCGAAUGGCUCGACAUAAUGCUAUAGUACGAAAAAUGCCAAGCGUCGAAACUCUUGGAUCGGUUAACGUGGUCUGUAGUGAUAAAACAGGUACUCUUACCAUGAAUCAUAUGACCACCGUGAAAAUGUGGUAUUUCGAUGCCGAAGCUCCAUUAGAUGUUGAUUCGGAUGAUGAAACAGUGGAAGCUAAAGCUGAUACUGUUGCACUUCGAAUUCUUCGUAUUGGAAAUAUUGCUAACAAUGCACGGCUAACUCAUCUUCACGCUCCAUCAGCAUCGUCGGUAGCUAUAUUGUCAUCUACUCAGGGUCGUGCUUCAAAUCAGAUCUUGAAGAGCAGGUGGGUCGGUCAGCCCACUGACGUUGCAAUGCUUGAUAUGCUGGACCGUUUUAAGGAACACGAUGUCCGUGAAGGUUUAGGUCAGCGUAUUGGAGAGACCCCAUUCAGUUCUGAAAAAAAGUGGAUGGGUGUGACCAUUGGAGAUUUGGGUCCAGAAGGCACAUCAAGCCCGAAGGAGCAUGCUUAUAUUAAAGGAGCCAUAGAGCGAGUGCUAGAAAGGUUGGUCCAGUUGCCAGACACGCAAAAUCUUUGGCUCCACCAAGUCGAAGCGGAACGCCAUCAUUCAAUAAAUUCUGCAGAAGUUCGGCCUGUAUUACGAGGUGACGAGAUUGAUGAUAUGACCGCCGAAGAGCUACAAACUGCCAUAGCGCACACUUCUGUAUUCGCUAGAACCAGUCCAGAUCACAAGAUGAAAAUUAUCAGAGCUCUGCAAGCUCGAGGCGAUAUUGUCGCAAUGACGGGCGAUGGUGUCAAUGAUGCGCCUGCGCUCAAGAAAGCCGAUAUUGGCAUAUCGAUGGGGUUGCAAGGAACUGAUGUCGCCAAAGAAGCCGCAGAUAUGAUAUUGACAGACGAUGAUUUUUCAACUAUCCUCAAAGCAAUUGAAGAGGGCAAGGGAAUUUUCAGCAACAUAAAAAAUUUCCUUACAUUUCAACUUAGCACCAGUGCUGCGGCACUUAGCUUAGUAUCCUUUGGAUUAGUAGAUAUCAUCAUGGAUGGACCUCCAGCUCAAUCAUUGGGCGUGGAGCCUGUAGACCCUGAUGUUAUGAAUAAACCACCCCGAGUGAGAAAUGCUCCUGUACUUACAAGGGCGCUGAUCGCUCGAGUUCUUACAUCCGCUACAAUCAUUAUGUUAGGUACAAUGGCAGUUUACACUCACGAAAUGCUCUCGGAUGGCCAAAUUAGCAAGCGGGAUACAACAAUGACCUUUACCUGCUUCGUUCUUUUUGAUAUGUUCAAUGCGUUGAACUGUCGUUCAGAAUCAAAGUCAGUCCUCAGAGGUGAGGUCGGACUGUUUUCAAACAAAUUAUUCAAUUGGUCAGUAUCGUUGAGUCUUGGGGGACAAAUAUUGGUCAUAUAUUUCCCUUGGCUUCAGGAAGUGUUUCAAACAGAAGCUUUGGCACUCACAGAUUUGGUGGGCUUGGUAAUUUUAACAAGUUCCGUAUUCUGGGCGGAUGAAGCAAGAAAAUGGUGGAAAUACAGGAGUAGGAGGACCCUUGGCAGCGGGUAUAGCCAAAUCGUAUAA